AUGCAGGAACUAUGGCAGCAGCCGUCGACUUGGCUACGCAAACAAGACGCCGAUCUACUGGAUCCACCGAUUCUUCCAAGCAAUCAAAUACGACUCUGGCUGCAUAACCGGAAGUUAUUCACGAUUAUACCCCGUGAACUCAACUCUCCGGAAUAUGAAUUGGAAGGCAUGACGCCGUUAAUAAACAGCCAGGCGUACCAAGUAUUCCACGGGCGUCGCGUGAUCUAUGCGACGAAGCACUCGUUGAGCAACUGGUCGCGCGACUUCUUGGCUGAUUUUUUACGUCGUGAAGUGUGCGACCUGGCUAUUCCAAGUAACAGCCCAGACUCGCCUGACUUGGACUCUUCUGCCGUGAAUGAUGCCAUGCAAGAAUCAACCGGAGCUGAUGGAGUUGCUGCUUUGGAAUCUGCUGCCGAGAAGUUAUGGUUAUCAACAUUUGGUCGAGGAUGCGUUCGAGGAUUGCGAGUU